CUCCGAUAUUGCGUCGCUGUGGAAGGUUCAAGAGAUACCUGAUAUCCUCGCAGGAUCCCCGCACCGCGGAGCACGUGAAGGCUGUGACCCGUCUCUACAGUUGUGUCGUGUUACAUUCUUGAUCACGACCCAACUCAACCUCUCGACUGUCAAACCUUCACUCCGCCGUUGGACGACUAGCGUUGUGUUUAUGUCUUUAUUUUACGGAAACGAGCUGUUGCGCAGCCGUCGGAACGUGUGUGGUGGAAGCCAAGUCUACGAGCAAGGAGCUUGCAGCCACAGUGGCAAAAUAUUUUUCAUGUCAGAGACCGAGCACGCUUGCAGUCGUUUAUGUCAUCCUUUAUUCUCCAGGCAAAAGAUACCCAAAAAUCCCCAUUCAAGGUUUUUCUAUCUUGCUGAUAGUGCCACUGUCAAGCCAAAAUGUCUGUCAACGUCAACCGCAAUGUGUCUGACCAGUUUUACCGCUAUAAGAUGCCCCGUCUGAUUGCCAAGGUGGAAGGCAAAGGGAAUGGAAUCAAGACGGUUAUUGUCAACAUGGUCGAUGUUGCAAAGGCUCUGAAUAGGCCUCCAACAUACCCGACUAAGUUUUUCGGGUGCGAACUGGGUGCUCAGACCCAGUUUGACACAAAGAACGACCGCUACAUUGUCAAUGGCUCCCAUGAGGCCAACAAACUGCAGGACAUGCUGGACAACUUCAUCCGCAAGUUUGUGCUGUGCAAUGAGUGUGAUAACCCUGAGACCGACCUGCAUGUCAAUCCAAAGAAGCAGACCAUAGGGACUUCUUGCAAAGCCUGUGGAUACCGGGGCAUGCUAGACACUCGCCACAAACUCUGCACCUUCAUCCUCAAAAACCCACCUGAGAAUGACAGUGGGUGUGUGAAAAAAGAGAAGGACAAGAAGAACAGGAAGAAGGAUAAAGAGAACAGCUCUGGCAGUGGAGAGGCUGAGAAUCACAACGACAUUGAUGCGCCUGACGCUGUGGAUGGGAACGAUGAUGACGAUGACUGGGCAGAGGAGACGACGGAGGAGGCCCAGCGGAGGCGAAUGGAGGAGAUCAGUGACCAUGCUAAGAACCUGACCCUCAGCGAGGACCUAGAGAAAACUCUGGAGGAGAGGGUUAAUUUGUUCUACAACUUUGUCAAACAAAAGAAGGAGAGUGGAGCGAUAGACUCAGCGGAUAAGGAGGUCCUGGCCGAGGCGGAGCGGCUGGACGUAAAAGCCAUGGGUCCCCUCAUCCUCAGUGAACUGCUCUUCGACGAGAACAUCCGUGAACAGAUCAAGAAAUACAAACGCCACUUCCUACGCUUCUGCCAUAACAAUAAGAAGGCACAGAAGUACCUGCUGGGAGGAUUUGAGUGUGUGGUCAAACUACACCAGAGUCAGCUCCUGCCCCGCGUUCCCAUCAUCCUCAAAGACCUGUACGACGCUGACCUGCUGGAGGAGGACGUCAUCCUCAUGUGGGCUGACAAGGUCUCCAAGAAGUAUGUGUCUAAGGAACUGGCCAAAGAGAUCCACGCCAAGGCCAGUCCUUUCAUCAAGUGGCUGAGGGAGGCAGAGGAGGAGAGUGAGGGGAGUGAAGAGGAGGAGGAGGAAGAUGAUGAAAAUGUGGAGGUCGUCUAUUCUUCAUCUGCCCGGGAGCUGAAAGUUGAGACCAUUCAGCCAGAAAAGGCAGAAGAUGAUGAUGACCUCGACAUCGAUGCUAUUUAGGGUGGGAGGGUUUGGCCAUGGUGUAACCUCCCUAUUUCCUGUCCCACAGACAAAAAUGGAUGGCCAUGGUGUCCUGUUCAGUCACCCUCUGCUCUUUUAUUCUCUCCUUCUCUCCAUCCUUCCUGUAGAUCUGUCUUUCCGCUUGUGAGGCAUGGAUAUAACUGCUCUUUUUGACCUGCUGCUGAAUCUCUCUUAAUGAAAUGUUUGACGUGUUGUAUCUUAUGAAUUAAUGAUUUGUUUUCGUUGAAUUUUUAAGUAAGAUUGAUGGAGUAGACUUGGAGUAAACUGCACAUUUGAUCUGUUUGUUUUUUCUCUUGUAUGAGUAAAUUAAUAUCUUUGAAUUCCUCUAUUCCAUAUUCUGUAAGGAAGUAAAAUCUAUUGACU